UAUUUGGCAUUGUGGUCGUAUUUUGGUGAAAGAUAAAACCCCUCUAAACUACAAUUUGCAUAAAGUUGAGUUUUGAUCAAAAAAUCAACUUUUAUACUUCCUCCAAAAGAAUCAACCCCUUCAAUAAUGGCACCCAACCGUCACCAUCAAUUCCUAAACUCCGUCAAUCAUCUUACUAUUGUUUCAAAUUUUCCCCAAAUCAAUUUCUCAAUUAGGGUUCCCUCAUUUUCCGUCCCCCUUUCCUCUGCUGAAUUGCUACCUCGCUAGCCUUACAUUUUUGUUUCAAUUUUGUGGGUUUUUGAUUUCCCCCAAUUGACGGUUUUCAACGGGGGUCAAAACCCUAAUUUUUUUAAUUCUUGUUAUCGAAUUCGAGUUUAAUUGAUCCAAUUGUAGUUUUGUAGUAUUAAUUUAAGUGUUGUCGACGAUUCCCCAAAUCUUAAUUUCAGUACAGUUGAAUUGAUCUUCGUGUUGAAUAGAGAGAUAUGAAGCAUUCAAAGAGGAAGAAGAGAAGAGCACAGCCUUCGAAGCUGCAAAAUAGUGGUGUUUCUGGAAAUUCCAAAAAUAAUGCUGAGAGUGAGGAAGAAAAGAUCAUAUACAGUUUGGUGGAGGCGUUUUCAUUGGCUUCUGUUGAAGAAGCUGAAGCAGCUUAUAAAGAGGCAAAUGGUGAUCCAAACAAAGCAGCUGAGAUCCUGUGUGGAUUAUCUGAAAGUUCUGAGGGUUUCCAAGCUAGUUGUUCUAGUUCCUCCCAAAGUUUUGGAUUAGAUACUAAUUCAAAUUCAUCCGAGGGUAUUCCGGAAUCAAACGGUUUUUCUGUAUGCAAUAGUAGUAGGAGUUCCAGGGGUGGCAGAGGGAAAGGUAUGGUGGCUACAACAGGAACUGUUUCAACUGUUCUCGGAAAAAACUACGUAACCUCGAGUUCGAGAAAGGAUAUUGUGAAGGAAAAAAGAUUGGGUGAUGCUAAGGUAGAUAUAGAGGAGGCAGAGCAAUUUCUCUGCUCUAUGCUUGGAGAUGACUGUGAGCUCAACAUGGGUGUUGUUAGAGAUGUACUAUGUAACUGUGGGUUUGAUGUUGAGAAGGCACUAGAGGUGUUGCUUGAUUUAUCUGCACCUUGUGAAACAUCUGGUAGUGAGAAAUAUUCUAGCUCUAGCUCUUGCUCAAGCAGUGUUGAAUAUUUUAGAAAUAUAGAUUGUAUUGACGGGUUUUGGCAGCUGGCUGAUAGAGGAUCAGAUUCAAAUUCAUAUUCAUCCGAAGGUGAUGUCCCGGAUAAUGUACGGUUCCUUGACUUUAAUGGCAGGAGUUACGCUGAAGCUCUUGUCUCUUCUGAUGAUUCAAGUAAGUCGGCGGCAGCAAGUCUUAGAACUGAUGGGCCUGAGCUGCCACGGCAAGUUUUAGAAUCUUUAUUUCAUAUCCCUAAGAAUUCGGAGGAGGAUCCAAGUAUCAUGAACUGGAGGAAUGUUGUGAAACAAAUGGAAUCUUUUGCACAGAAGCGAGUUCAACUCGGUCCUUCUAGUUUUAUUGCACGAGAGCUGAGCACCCAAGCAAAGGGAGCUGAAUAUAUGGUGUUUAGGGAAACGGCACGACAAGAAUGGGAUAAAAUGAGAACCUGUUACCAAAAGGCUGCUACUGCAUAUUCAAAUGGAGAAAAGAAUUAUGCCAAUUACAUGUCUGAGAAGGGUAAAUUGUGCAGCAAAGUGGCUCGAGAAGCAGAUGAAAAAGCAAGCAUGCAAAUUUUUAAGGCCAGGAACAAGGGGAUAGAAAACAUUUUGACAAUUGAUUUGCACGGGCAACAUGUUAAGCCAGCAUUGAGGCUCGUAAAGCUUCAUCUUUUAUUUGGAACAUAUAUAUCCUCUGUGCAAUAUAUCCGGAUAAUCACUGGAUGUGGGUCAAGUGGUCUUGGGAAGUCAAUGCUUAAACAAUCGGUGGUCAAGCUUCUGAAGAAAGAAGGAAUUGAGUGGAAGGAAGAGAACCAAGGUACAGUUCUUAUUAGACUGGAUGGACCAAGAGAGUUCAGCUUUCUGGAUUCUGGAAGCGACAGUGAGUCUGACUAGAGUUGGCAAUAUUCCAUUUCUAUAGCAAAUUUGUAAAAACUAACUGUAGCUUAUUGCUAGAAGGACUCACCUGGCAAAUGCUAGACGUGAGAUUAAACUUGUAUUUAUUAUCUGGGAUGGCAGGAAUUACAACACACAACUUUGAGAGUAUUAUAUAAAUUCUAGCUAUCCAGCUUUUGAAAUUCUUGUACAAAGUUAUCAGCUUAAUGAUAAUACAUUUGGUCA